AUGCGUGAAUUGCCUGCGGCUAAUCAGAUGCCGGCAUGCAGCACAGCCUCAAUGGUGGAACCGAGUCGAGCGGGUAUCGUCAAAUCGUGGAGAGUCAAGGCUAAGGUCGUUCUUCACGGUUCGAACAGCCUCGAGGACACCAUCUGCAAUACUGAAGCACUGGUACCCGGUAGCAAAACAGUGAAGCGGCCCCUGCUGUCAUAUGUGGGCAAACGACGCAGAUUACUGGACUCGACCGCCCUAUCGGUGUCUUCAACCCCCGGAAUGAUAUCAACAAGGCCAAUCUGUCUGGGAAAAGUUGUCGGGCGUGGCGUUCCUGGCGGUGGCGCCUGCGGUGGCUCGACGACUUCCUGGAAUGCCAUCCGACAAGUGCAUGGGCGGUCGCGAUUUCCCAGGAUUCCCAUCGUGCAACACAUCACUCGCAGCACGCCCUGUGCAGCCAGACUUGCCCUUUCACACUCUCUGCCUCACGGCGACAACCCCUCGAGCCCCUCACCGUCCAUCCAGGGUCGUUUCUCAGGGUUCUCAGGGCUCUCAGGGCCCGUCUGCCAUCGCCAGCGCCGCCAGAUAACGUUGAAUCCUUCCGCCACCCGCCCGCCUGCAGGGACAGCAUCGAAAACCUCCGCCUAUCGCUGUGCCAUGCUCGGUCUCCAGAAGCUGACACCGGCGCCACCGGUGCCCGCCUCGCCCACGGCAGCAGCGAUGCCCACCAUCUAUGAGGAGGCCGCAGCUUCCGUGAUGCGUUCCGGAUGUGCAACCAGCAUAUGCCCUGACCCAUCCAAGGCCAACCACGUGGGAUCGCAACCUCUGGAGACCGCCGCUCCUGAUGCUGCGGCCGCACGGCACACACACGCUCCUACAUCCAGCCUGUCUCUCGCCUCACACCGUAGCUGA